AUGGCUUCAUCAUCAAACUCCAAUACGCCUCAACAGGGCUCGUUCUUGACUCCUGUGAUCGAAACAGAUCCUUCGGGUAGAGAGCGUUCUUUAUCUAUCACACCUGUUGCUGCUGCAUAUAGCCCGACAGAUCAACCUCACUCUCCCACAUCUCCUGUAUCCCCUGCAUCCCCUACAAAUUCACUUUCACCAGGUAUGGCGUGGAAUCCUGGCCAUCCGGACCCGGCACGCCUGAUGGUUCAUAAUGGCUUUCAUCGGCCUUCAUCGUCAAUAGACGGAGACACAUUACGUCCACGAUCAGAGUCUUUUGCAUCUACUGCACCUACAAUGGGCUCCAGCCGGUCUAGAACUAAUUCAGAUGUCGAUCCUUCACAUACUAGCAAAGCCGUUUAUGAUGACGUGCCCUUGUCAGAGGCGCUGACACCGGAUCCCCGGAAUGAGGCUGAUUUCCUGAUCGAGAACAAUCGCUUCGCCUUCUCACCCGGUCAGCUGAAUAAGAUGCAGAACCCAAAGUCUCUUGCUGCCUUCCAUGCACUUGGUGGCUUGCAAGGAUUGGAGCGGGGCUUGCGGACAGAUCUCAGUGCAGGUCUCUCCAAUGAUGAAGUUGGAUUGGAAGGCACAGUCGACUUCCAACAAGUGACACCUCCUUUAUAUAAUAAACGACCUUCAAUAAGCAAACCGCCUCUUGACAAGGACGUUGCCACACCGGCGCCAGCAUCCGCUGGUGAAGGUUCACCAUUCGAGGAUCGCAUUCGUGUUUUCAGCGAAAAUCGACUGCCUGCUCGAAAGUCCACUGGCUUCUUGAAGCUUUUUUGGAUUGCAUACAACGAUAAGAUUAUUAUACUUUUGACUAUCGCUGCGGUUGUCUCAUUAUCUUUGGGUAUCUAUGAGACUGUGGAUGCAGGGACUGGUGUGGACUGGGUAGAAGGUGUGGCUAUCUGCGUGGCCAUUCUCAUUGUCACGGUCGUCACGGCUGUCAAUGAUUGGCAAAAAGAACGACAAUUUUCCAAACUCAAUAAGAAGAAUGACGAUCGUUACGUGAAGCUUAUUAGGUCUGGCAGGUCUAUGAAGCUAUCUAUCUACGAUGUAAUGGUUGGCGACGUGCUUCACCUUGAGCCUGGUGACUCAAUUCCUGCGGACGGUGUUCUCAUAUCGGGCCAUGGCGUGAAAUGCGACGAGUCAUCGGCCACAGGUGAAUCCGAUCAGAUGAAAAAGCUAGACGGCCAUGAGGUCUGGCAGCAAAUUGUCGAGGGCUCUGCAACCAAAAAGAUUGAUCCAUUCAUGAUAUCUGGAAGUAAUGUCCUCGAGGGCGUCGGUACUUAUGUUGUCACUAGCGUUGGACCUUACUCUUCUCAUGGUCGAAUCAUGAUGUCGCUACAGACUACCAAUGAUCCUACGCCGCUUCAGGUUAAACUGGGUCGUCUCGCGAACUGGAUUGGUUAUCUGGGUUCAGCUGCCGCCCUUGUUUUGUUCCUCGUCCUCUUGUUCCGAUUUGUGGCGGACCUCCCGAAUCACCCCGACAUAGGCCCUGCAGAAAAGGGAAAGGAAUUCGUUGACAUUUUGAUUGUUGCUGUCACCGUUAUCGUUGUAGCCAUUCCUGAGGGUCUUCCACUGGCAGUGACACUUGCCCUUGCCUUUGCUACCACUCGCAUGGUCAAGGAGAACAACCUGGUCCGUGUUCUUCGCGCCUGUGAAACCAUGGGAAAUGCCACUGUGAUUUGCUCGGAUAAGACGGGAACUUUGACACAGAACAAAAUGACUGUUGUCGCCGGUACCUUGGGCACUAAGCAGAGUUUCAAAUCUCCAUCGGAGGACGAGGUCGAUAUUUCUGCCAAAUCGACCGCCGAGUUUUUCAAAUUGUGCUCAGUUCCUACACGGGAUCUGAUUAUCAAGAGCGUUGCUUUGAACUCAACAGCCUUCGAGGACGAACGAGAAGGCCGGAAGCAGUUCGUCGGCAGCAAGACUGAAGUUGCACUUCUCCAAAUGGCCCAGGAUUAUCUAGGCAUGGAUCUCACUUCUGAGCGUGGGUCUGCCGAGAUUGUCCAGCUUAUUCCUUUCGAUUCUUCGCGCAAGUGUAUGGGCGUCGUAUACCGUCACCAUGGUUCUGGAUACAGACUUCUUGUUAAAGGUGCAUCGGAAAUUAUGGUCGACGCUUGCAAUACACAGAUCACAGACAUUGACAUGACUGAGAAGAAUCUGUGUGCAGUGUCAUUGUCUGAGAAAGAGAGACAGGUGAUUUUGGAAACCAUUGACCAUUACGCCACAAGGUCUCUUCGCACGAUCGGUAUCGUGUACAAGGACUUUGCCUCGUGGCCGCCAAAGGAGGCGAAAUUACAUGAAGAUGAUAAUUCUGCGGCCGACUUUGACGAUGUCUUCCGAGGCAUGACUUGGGUCGGAGUUGUGGGAAUCCAAGAUCCCCUUCGUCCUGAGGUUCCCCAGGCGAUUCGCAAGUGUCAUUCUGCCGGUGUGCAGGUGAAGAUGGUCACCGGUGAUAAUGUUGCAACUGCCACCGCGAUUGCAACUUCCUGUGGCAUUAAGACUGAAGAUGGACUGGUCAUGGAAGUCUUGGCGCGUUCUUCGCCAGAUGACAAGCGUAUCUUGGUUGAGCGCCUCAAGGCUCUUGGAGAGACAGUCGCUGUCACUGGUGAUGGUACUAAUGACGGCCCUGCUCUUCGCACCGCGGACGUCGGCUUCUCAAUGGGAAUUGCCGGUACCGAGGUCGCGAAGGAAGCCAGCUCAAUAAUCUUACUUGACGAUAACUUCCGGUCCAUUGUCACUGCUAUUUCCUGGGGGCGAGCUGUCAACGACGCCGUUGCCAAAUUUCUCCAAUUUCAGAUUACCGUCAAUAUCACGGCUGUCGUGUUGACAUUUGUCUCUUCUGUCUACAGCAGCUCGAACAGCAGUGUUCUUAGUGCUGUACAGCUUCUCUGGGUGAACUUGAUUAUGGAUACAUUCGCUGCCCUGGCUUUGGCAACCGAUGCUCCAACAGAGAAGAUCCUUGACCGCAAACCCGUACCCAAAAGUGCUUCGCUCUUCACCUUGACGAUGUGGAAAAUGAUCCUUGGCCAAGCAGUCUACCAACUCGCCAUCACCUUCAUGCUCUACUUUGCCGGUGACAAGCUUCUCGGGGCUCAUCUGGACAGCGAUGAUCUGGAACUACGCUCGAAGCAACUCUCCACAGUUGUUUUCAAUACAUUCGUCUGGAUGCAAAUCUUCAAUGAAUUCAACAACCGUCGCCUUGAUAAUAAAUUCAAUAUAUUUGAGGGAAUGCUACGGAACUACUGGUUCCUGGGUAUUAACGCCGUAAUGGUCGGCGGGCAAGUCAUGAUCAUCUACGUUGGCGGCGCAGCCUUCGGCGUGACCCGACUGAGCGGCAUUCUUUGGGGAAUCUGUAUCAUCUGCGCGCUGGGCUGCUUGCCGUGGGCUGUGGUUCUGCGCAUACUACCUGACCGACAUUUUGGUAUUGUUUUCAAUGCUGUUGUCCAUGCGAUGUCAUUCGUCCUGCGACCUAUUGCCAAAGGAUUCAAUGCUUUCGCCCGCGGUACAAAGGCUACUUUCCGACCUUUAGCGCGCACGACUCGUCGGGUGUUCACUCGACCUGGAAAGCAGACUAACGAAAAUGAGCAGGAGUUGUCCAACAACUCUGCUGUCAAAAUGUCUCAUGUUAUCGAUGAAGAAGCCCCGGCUCCUGCUCCGGCGAAGCUGGCUCGGCAGGAAAGUCCUGAGCGUCCGCAAACGCCACCGGCGCUUGCUGUACCUCCGAUUACGGUUACGAUUUCACCUUAA